GCUGCAUUUGGCUUCCGGCGAUGUCGGGGCAGCCGUGGGCUGGAUCCAUGCCGCUCUGACGCUCUCUCUCUCCCCCUCCCGCAGGCCAGUGGAAAGGCGGUGCUGAUCACGGGCUGUGACAAAGGGUUUGGCCACGCCUUGGCCAGGCAUCUUCACGCGAAGGGGUUCACGGUCUUUGCCGGCUGCUUGCUCCUGGACCAAGGAGGAGAUGGUGCCCGAGAGCUGUGCGACCUGGGCUCCGAGCGAAUGCACGUCCUCCAGCUGGACGUGCGCUACGAGGUGGAGGUGGCGCGCGCCCUCCAAUGUGUGAAGGAGCGCCUGGAGGAACCUGCCCGAGGUCUGUGGGGCUUGGUGAAUAACGCUGGAAUCGCCUCCUUUGGGGAUGUGGAAUUCACCAGUGUGGAGAAGUACAAGAGGGUGGCUGACAUCAACCUAUGGGGGACCAUCCGUGUAACAAAAGCUUUUCUGCCCCUGAUCCGCAGAGCCAGAGGACGGAUCGUGAACAUGAGCAGCAUGUUGGGCCGCAUGACCAGCCCGCUGCGCUCUUCUUACUGCAUCUCCAAGUUCGGGGUGGAGGCCUUCACCGACUGCCUGCGGCAGGAGAUGUAUCGCUGGGGCGUCUCGGUGGUCGCUGUCGAGCCAAGCAACUUCAUCGCGGCCACGGGGAUCCUGACCCCAGAGGGCAUCGAGGCCGAGGCUGAACACAUGUGGCGUGGGGCCAGCGAGACUGUCCGGGCAGAUUACGGAGAGGCUGACUUCCGGGAGAAGCUCCGUCGGAUGAAGGGCUUUGCGCACAGCGGCCUGCGGGACGUGUCCCUGGUCCUGGACGACCUGACCGAAGCGCUCGCUGCCCAGCAUCCUUACACCCGCUACACCCCCAUGGAGGCCUCCUGGUGGCUCCGUCUGCAGGCCGUGACCCACUUGCCCACCGCCCUGGCCGACUGGCUGUACGUCAGCUAGGCAGCCUCGGGGGUCUCACUUGCUGCUUCCCCCAGGGGACAAAAAUCAUGUCCAGUGCAAUUAAAAGCAAUAAUAGCUGAGUUGGCCACGUGAGGAAAACAUCCAAAAUCCACCAAGACAAUGUUAGCGCAGCUGAAGUGUUCGCAAAACAAUUGCAAGUUUCGAGUUUCCCAGACUGCCCCAUUGGCAAGAUGCUGAGACGGGGGGGGCACAUGUUGGAAGAUGGUGCAAGCCGUCAUCUGCCUGGUGCGCCCUUGAAACCCAAGCACCCUCCGGCCUUGCCUAACAAUGUGGCGUCCGCAGGGCUGGAGACCUCCUGCGUGGAAGGCCGUGGGGGCGCCUGGGUCAGGUGCAGGCCGUAAGCCUUGCCGCACGAAUGAGGGUUUGUAUGCGGUCCGAGCUGUACUUAAUUUCAACUUACUUCAAUUGAAUUAAAUUUUUAGAUUCAACUGCAUCUGGCUUAAUGU